AUGGGAAAUGACGAGGCGAAAAAGAAAGCCUUACCACUACUGUUCCAGGUCGCUGAAAUAAACAGCGCUGAUACCUUUGGAAUCGGCCCUGGAAUGAGAGAGGUUGAAGCAGAUGUGUUAAGCAAGCUGUAUAACCUGUCUCCUGAGAAAUGGGAAGGUUCUACCCCCCGAGAUAACUUUGAGUCCCGGCAGGAUUCUAAGGCAUGGGAAGUUUAUCAAAUCAUUGUUGGCGGGCUAGUAUCAGAGGACAAGUAUUUGCAGAUCCGACUAUUGAUGUGA